CAACAUGGCGGCCUGCAUGGUGGGUCGUGCUCGUCAGACCAGCGCUUAUUUCAUUAGUUUGAGUGCAGAAAUGAAAGCAGUCUCUCAUCAUGGGAGUGUCGUAAUGAUGAGACAGAAUAACAAAGCCUUCUCCUCAAGGAUGUAUUAUGGCACUCGAGGGACAGACGACACAGAGGACGUUCAAAUACACAUUCCAGUAGAGCGUCUGACAGUGGCCUACAGCAGAAGCAGUGGUCCUGGGGGUCAGCAUGUCAACAAAGUCAACACAAAAGCUGAGGUCCGAUUCCACCUGCACACAGCACACUGGAUUCCAGAAGAUGUUCGACAAAACAUUCUUGAAAAGAACAAAAACCGCAUCAAUAAGGCCGGCGAGCUGCUGGUGACCUCAGAGAGGAGCAGGAGUCAGCAGAGAAACCUCGCUGAUUGCAUACAGAAGAUCACUGCCAUUAUAAGGGAGUCCAGAAAGAAGCCCUGCCCAGCAACAGCCCAAGACAUAGCUCUAAGAGCAGCCAGGUUAGAGAAGAGGAACAAAGAGCGUCUCAAACAGAAGAAAAUCCAUUCAGCUAUCAAAUAUGACAGACGAGUGAAUUUUGACUGAUUGUUGUGUUCAUAAACUAUUGUUUUUUUUAAUUAACUGUUGUCUAGACAUCUUCAAAACCUUUUACAUUUUUUUUUUCUGGAGACAAGAUGGCGGUGGACAUGUGAACUGCAUUUUGGGUGACCUCCUGUCGGCCCCACUGAAAAACUACUUUUUAUUAAAGUCAAAGUUUUUGUCGUUUGCAUCACAUGUGGUACAUGUGGUGGAACAAAAUUGUGUACACAGGGUCCCAGUUACAUCCAACAAUAGUAUAAAUUGUAAAGAAAGACAGUAAUAAGAUCUGAUAUGAACAAAGAAGUACUCUACACUAAGAACACACAGCACUAAUAGU